AUGGAAACACGAAUAGUUUCAAAAUCACAGUCUUUAUCAUCAAUUCCAUUGUCAGAAAGUAUAGUAUUAUCCACACAAGGAAAUAUAACAGAUAAUGUCAUUCCAAUAAAACACAAUAUUCCUCAAACUCUUGUAAAACCAAACAAUUCUAAACAUCAAUCUCGUAUUUUGAAAUUCAAAGUCAAUAUAUCACGUUUAGCCUUACAAUCAGAACUAUCAAUGACACCAGUAUCAUCUCCUUUGCCUAUGUCAUCACCUUUACUUGCUAGCUCUCCAAUUUCGAAUACAAUAGAUAAUGAAAAUACAAUAAAAAAACCAGGAAAAAAAACACGCAUAUCUAGUAACAUAGGCCCUAAAGUUGUUCGAAAAAGAAAAGCAGAAGAAGCAACAGUUAUAGUAAUAAAUGUUGGAGAUACAUCCCAGAAACAUCAGAACUACCAUAAUUUGGCUGCUAGUGGACAAAAGACUAUAUCAGCACCCUUACUUCCAUCUAAAUUAGGACCCAAAGCCAAUACUGGUGCAAUAAAUGCAGGAUUAAGAGCAUUAGAUCGUACAGGCAAACCAUGUAGAAAAUGGAGCAAAAAAAAAAUAACUAUAGACUGCAUAAGUGGAAUAAAAUGGGAAAUCAAUGGAUGGAAAGAUGAUUCAGCAUUAUAA